AUGGCCAUCCUCGACUAUCUACGCUCGCUGAGUCCUUUUGGCGAGUCACCCAUCACCUUUCUUGCUACGUGGGCUGCCGUCUUUUACGCGUGGCAUAUAGUAUCACAGCUCCUCCCUAGCAAUGGCGACCAACCGCCGACUGUCUUUCAUUGGGUACCGUUCCUCGGCUCGACAUUGAGCUACGGUAUGCGGCCGUAUGAGUUCUUUGCAGAGCAACUCGAAAAGCACGGCGACGUCUUUACCUUUGUCUUGCUCGGCAAGCGCAUCACCGUCUUUCUUGGGCCGACAGGCAAUGAUUUCGUGUUCAAUGGCAAGCAGGCAUACAUCAAUGCAGAAGACGCAUACACGCCCCUCACAACUCCAGUCUUUGGCAAGGAGGUUGUCUAUGAUGUCCCGAAUCACGUCCUCAUGGAGCAAAAGAAGUUUGUCAAGUUUGGCAUGUCGACCGAAAACUUCAAGCAGUACGUCGGCAUGAUUGUCGAUGAGACGAUGCGCUACCUUCAAUCGCCCGUUUUUGGACUCGACAAGAAACAGGGUGUCACCUCGCUCAACAAGGCCACACCAGAGCUGACCAUUUUCACUGCUUCCCGCACAUUGCAAGGGCAAGAAGUACGCGAUGGGUUUGACGCGAGUUUUGCAGAUCUCUACCACGACCUUGACAAGGGCUUCACACCCAUCAACUUUUUCGCGCCUUGGCUACCGUUGCCUGCCAACCGCAAGCGAGAUGCAGCGCAGCAAAAGAUGGCUCAAGUAUAUUCGUCCAUUGUGCACAAACGACGCGCGACCGGCGAAGAACCAGCAAAGGAUAUGAUCUGGAACUUGAUGAACCAGCAGUACAAGGAUGGACGCCCGCUCAAUGACACGGAAAUUGCCGGCAUCAUGAUUGCGCUGCUGAUGGCAGGACAGCAUACAUCUGCUGCUACGUCAGCUUGGAUCCUGCUCCACCUCGCAGACAAGCCAGAGCUGAUUGAAGAGUUGUACGCAGAGCAGAAGAAGGUGGCAGGCGUGAGUAAUGGCAAGAUCAAUCCGCUCAAAUAUGAGCACUUGAAGGACAUGGAUCUCUUGAAUUACUGCAUUCGCGAGACGCUGCGCAUGCACCCACCGCUGCACUCCAUCAUGCGCAAGGUUGUGCAAGACUUGCCUGUGCCCAACACCAAAUGGCACGUCCCGCGAGGUGGAUACGUGCUUGCUGCACCUGGAGCAUCGGCCAUGGACCCGGAGCACUUUCCCGACCCAGAAAAGUUUGACCCGUACAGAUGGGCUAAGCGGGCUUCAGAUGAAGAUACUGAAAAGGUGGACUAUGGUUAUGGGCUUGUAUCCAAAGGUGCAGCAUCGCCAUACUUGCCAUUUGGCGCUGGGCGACAUCGUUGCAUCGGUGAGCAAUUUGCAUACCUGCAGCUUGGCACCAUUGUCGCGACUUUUGUGCGUGAAUUGCAGUUCAGGCUGCCAGAGGGCCAUGCUGUCGCGGAGAAGGACUACACGAGCAUGGUUGUGCUGCCCAAGGACCCUGCGGUGAUUGCCUGGCAGGUGCGAGAGGGAGAGGCGAUAUAG